AUGGAGUCCGGUGCGCCCGUCCCCGCCCAAUGGACCUCUGUCGUCAGCGAGGUCCUCAUCGGCACGCAUGCCCUUUCAAAGCGAAUUUUCGCACUCGGGGACCAGAUUUCCAGUGAUUACGCCGGUCUCAACCCCCUCCUCAUUGUCGUCUUGAAGGGCUCGUACAUGUUUGCAUCUGACUUGUCCCGGAGCGUGACGGUUGAGCAUGAGCUCGAGUUCAUCCGCGCCCGCUCGUACGUCGGUACCCGAAGCUCGGGGAGCGUCACUAUCCAAGGGCUCGACGAUGUCUCCCUGAAAGGUCGUCACCUCAUCGUCAUCGAAGAUAUCGUCGAUACGGGCCUCACCCUCACUAACCUUUACAAAAGCUUCGAGGGGCAGGGUGCCGCCAGCAUUAAGACUUGCUCGCUACUCGAGAAAGAAACUACCAGAAGGCCCGAAAGCGUGCCGCAUAUCGACUAUGUCGCCUUCAAGAUCCCGGACAAGUUUGUCAUCGGAUAUGGCCUGGACGUCGAUCAGCGCUUUCGCCAUCUGCCCUUUGUCGGUGUCUUCAAGCAACCAUGA